AUGGGCACCCUCCCCGCAUGGGAACCUGCCGCCGGGAAUGUCACCUUUGGGGGCCCGGGCACUGGGAACGGGCCCCUCUCUGGCCCUUGGUACCGCGCCGUCAAGGCCUGGAUUUUCUGUGCUUUGGUUUACUUCCUAAAGAGCAGCUUUGGAGGAGGCAAUGGGUCAUGUGUUGGGACUCAGCUCUUUGGAGUUUUACUGGCUGCUGUUGGAAAUUUUCUGAUUAGUGUGUCUUUGAAUAUACAGAAAUGUGCUCACCUGCGACUGGCUUGCCAGACAGAUCCAAAGCCCUGCUACAAAAGCAAGCUAUGGUGGUGUGGGAUUAUCCUCCUGGGGCUUGGAGAGGUGGGGAAUUUCACAGCCUAUGGAUUUGCCCCCGCUGCCCUUGUCGCUCCACUAGGAUGUGUAUCUGUCAUAGGUAGUGCAUUUAUUUCUAGCCUCUUCCUAAAGGAGACGAUGAGGACUGCUGAUAUAUUGGGAGGAACACUGGCAGUAACAGGAACAUACCUGUUGGUGACUUUCACUCCAAGUGUACCCCAAGAAAUCACAGCAAAGAAAGUACAGAAUUACUUAGUGAGCUGGCCUUUUGUGAUAUAUGCGAUCAUAGAAAUAAUCACAUUCUGCAUUCUCCUUUAUUUUUACAAAAGAAAGGCUGUGAAGCACAUUGUAGUUUUGUUAAUGCUGGUAGCACUACUGGCCUCGCUGACAGUCAUUGCUGUGAAGGCUGUGGCCGGCAUGAUAACACACUCUGUGAAGGGUAAAAUGCAGCUUGCUUAUCCUGUUUUCUAUAUCAUGUGCAUUUUAAUGGCAGCUACUUGUGCUUUCCAAAUCAAGUUCUUGAAUCAAGCCAUGGAGUUGUAUGAAAUAACAGCAGUUGUUCCCAUUAAUUUUGUGUUCUCCACAACCAGUGCCAUCAUUUCAGGGGUCAUAUUUUAUCAGGAAUUCCAAAGUGCAGCUCUGCUGAGUGUGUUCAUGUUUCUGCUCGGGUGUCUCCUUUCUUUUCUUGGUGUAUUUUUAAUUACAAGAAACAGAAACGAGGAACAUUCACAGAUUCCUUAUAUUGACUGCGGAAAUAUUCCUGGACAAAAAGUGACAGGCAAAAUACAGCCAGAUUCUCACCAUUUGUGUUACGGCACUUUGAAUAAUGAAGAUGACAUGGGGAAACCCAAAGGCUGAAAGAAAAAGCAGCAUGCUUACCAGUUAACAAGAGAAAUACCACUGGGACAAGGAUCAGGAGCACCAUUUUUCUGGAUAUAUUCAAGUAUUUAUUGUAUUUCUGUAUGUCAAUGUGUUAUAGUAAUAUUUAGUSCUGCUCAGUUUAUCCCCUGGCUGUCCCAAGUGUGUUAUGAAGACAAAGGAAGCUUUAAGAGGAACUAUUUAAGUGUUAAUGAAACUGAACAUUCUCUUGCUAUAAAUGUUGCUUGGUGAUGAUUUGGAGCUAUUUUUAGUUUUAAUUG